AGUCAAGUCAAGUCAAGUCAAGUCCUUCGAUAAUCUUAUCCCUCGCUUCUUUUGCGCUCACUUAUCUGUCUUUCCUUCUGCAUCAUGUCUUCAGCUGAGCAACCACCCGAUCCCGCAGCGGCUGCAGCAGCGGCUGCUGCUGGCGCCGCCGCCGCCUUGCUCCAGUUCACAAUCGAGGCCUGGACGCUACUAUCAUUCGGUAUUCUCGUGACCGUACUUCGGACGUACGCCCGUAUAAAAGCUGUAGGGCUUAGGCAUUUACAGGCCGACGACUAUCUGGUUUGGGUUGGAGUGACCUUCUAUGCUGUCGAGACUAGUCUAGCCUAUUCAGUCGGUGCUGUUGCCCAAGGCUUGGCCAACAAUGGUAUGUCGGACGAGCAGCGUGCUGCGUUAUCGCCAGACAGCCAAGAAUAUAUGACGAGGGUCACCGGCUCCAAGAUCCAACUCGCUGGGUGGUCUUCUUACUCUGUGCUUCUCUGGUCACUCAAGGCAUCUCUACUAGUCUUUUACAUGCGGUUGACGGCUGGAUUGAACCGAACCUACCUGAUCCGUAUCUACAUUGGUUUUGGGCUCCUCAUCGCUAGCUUCAUUGUCAUAUUAAUGAAUCUUUUCCUCGGUUGCCGACCCUUCCGCAAGUACUGGCAAAUAUAUCCUGACCCAGGAAAUACCUGCCAACCUGCCAUAUCUAAUCAAGUUAUCUGGGUGUACCUCUCGAUGAAUGUGUUAACCGAUCUUUAUCUGAUUUCUAUUCCUGUUCCCAUGCUCUGGCAAUCGAGUUUGAAGCCCGCGAAGAAAUUUGGCUUAAUCAUUCUUUUCAGCGGUGGUUUAUUUGUCGUUGCAUGUGCUAUUUUGCGUUGUGCUCUUAUCGUAACUGAUCCGGUCAACGGAGCUCAGCUCGCUGGAUCGUGGGCUGUUCGGGAAACCUUUGUUGCCGUGGUUACUACCAACUUACCGAUGGUCUUCCCUCUCAUCAAGAUGUGGCUUUCACCGGUCCUCGGCUCUCUCCUAACGACAGUGCGUUCGCAGCAAAAAUUGACCGACAAGGAAUCGAAAACCGACCUUCGUACGUUUGGCGGUGGAAGUCAUCAGAGUUGGCGACGUCGCGGGCCCCCUACGGCGAACCCGAUCACGAACUUUACCUUUAACGAGAGCGAGGAACGAAUAGUGGAUGAUGUUAAGAUGCAAGAUCUGAAGGGUUGGACCGACACGAGCACUAACGGCAGCUCUCCGAUUAGUAAUAACGCCAGUCACAACAUCCACAAACACGUUGAAGUUGAGGUUGUUAGUGAAGUACGUGACGAGAGAGACCAGGCGGAAAACCGACGACCAGUCAUCGGCGACGAAGAGAACCAGAUCCACGGGAACUACUCUUUCGCCAGAGGACCUCGAAGGUCAAGCUACACCGGCCAGAGUCGUACGUAAAAAGAUGAGAUAUAGGAAUAAGGGACGCGACACUAAUACAUCCUGACGAACUCCCUCUUGGGCUGGCGCAAACGGGAUAAUGCAGGAGGACGUAAUAGAAACGGAAUAUAAAAAGCCGAAGCACUCGGUAUUCGGUUUGUUCUGGAGUUAUAUGGUGUGUAGGUGUAUAUAUCUGUCGUGUAUACAGAACCCCUGAAUCGAGAAAGGUUCGUAGGGAUGGUUUAUUCUCAAAUCCGAAGCUCCGGCUGGCAAGAAGGGCAAAGGCGCUCCGACGAGCAAUACUUAGGGUUUCAUUGUGGUCUUGGGAUAUGUCUAAGGGAGGUUAAGGAAGUAGUGUAUAGUUUACAGGAUUCUAACAGAGGGCAAUACCGACAUUCAAAUACGUGUCGUGUGGGGGAAAUUGACCCAGUGCCAUAGUACCGGGAAGGGGAUCUACAUAUUAGUACCGAUAUUAGGACAUAAUAUACAUAGUGAU